AUGGUCUUCUACAAAUUCAUUCAUUUGAGUCUCAAUGUGAAGUAUCAAUAUGAGCACAAACUAUUGGUAAAACAACAUGGUAUUAUUGUUGUGACUAUUCAUUCUGAUACUGCAAAUGGGAAGCGAGUUAAAUGUCCUUUUAGGUUGAGAUCUCUGUCAAAUGGUAGCGGUUGGAAGGUGGUGGUUAGGUGUGAGUUGCAAAAUCAUAAACCAUCUAAGGAUUUAGAAGGCCAUGACAUAUUGGGUCGUCUAAAAGAUCAUGAAAGACGGUAUGUGAAUGACAUGAUAAAGUACAAUAUGAGUCCAAGGUACAUAGUUGCUACUUUGAAAGACAAAGAUCCAGGAAACCUCACCAGUGUUAUACAGGUGUAUAAAGCUAGAGCUACAUACAGUGCGAACAACAUAGGUUCAUUGAUGGAAAUGCAAAUGUUGUUGAGUCUUAUUCAUAGAUAA